AUGAUGUUUGCGCCUUGGGGUAUCCUUGAGGACCCAGCUUCUGAUCUCCUGAGACCACACAGGCGAAGGAAGAAUGCAGAAUCAAUCGAUCUCAAACAGUUUUUCGACCUACAUUUCUCAAAUAUAUAUUAUGUGUUCUUUGAAAACUUUGUGACUAUUGAAGUAGGUCUUAAACAAAAAGGUCACAAGUCUCAGAGAGAAGAACUAGAUUCUAUUCUUUUUAUUUUUGAGAAAAUUUUGCAACUCCUUCCGGAAAGGAUUCAUCAGAGAUGGCAAUUUCAUAGUAUUGGGUUGAUUUUAAAGAAGCUUCUUCACACUGGAAAUUCAUUAAAGAUACGGCGAGAGGGUGUGCGUCUCUUUCUUUUGUGGCUGCAAGCACUUCAAAAUAACUGUAGUAAAGAACAAUUAUGGAUGUUUUCUUGCUUGAUUCCUGGAUUUUCAUCACCACAGUCUGAAUAUGGCCCCCGAACACUGGAUAAUCUCAUUAACCCUCCACUUAAUGUUCAAGAAACUCAAGUGACUAUAGAGGAAAUCACUCCACUUGUUCCUCCACAAUCAGGAGAUAAAGGACAAGAAGAUUUAACGAGCUAUUUCUUAGAAGCACUUUUGAAAUACAUAGUAAUUCAGGUUAAGAGUUUAGAAUGGAAGAACAAGGAAAACCAGGAAAAGGGAUUUUCAUUUUUAUUCUCAAAUUUUAAGAAAUACUACUUACCUUCCAUUUUCCCAAACAUCUGUAAGGAGACCAGCUUGUAUAACCCUAUACUUGAUAUACCACAAAUGAGACCAAAGCCACACUAUGUAAUGGUUAAGAAAGAUGCUGAAACCAAUGAGGCAGUAUAUUGCACAAAGGAACCUUUUAUUAAGGCUCGUGUUAUUGUCAUUCGAUGGUUGGUGUCUUUCUGGCUUGAGCCAAAACCCCACACAGGACCUCAUAUUCCUGGGAUAGAAGGUGAAAAUGUGCCAAAGAAUAUUCAGAGAGCAGCUGCUAGCAUGGCUUUAAGGGAGGACAACAAAAAUGACAGUACUGAUAAGCAGGAUAGAAAUGCAGAGCCAGAGCAAUCUCAUUCUAAUACAAGUACUCUAACAGAGAGAGAACCAAGUUCUUCCAGUCUCUGCAGUAUUGAUGAAGAGCAUUUAACUGAUAUUGAAAUUGUCCGGAAAGUCUUUUCUUCUAAAAGAAGCAAUGUUAAUUUUCUAACUGAGAUUUUUCGACAGGCAUUUCUGUUGCCGAUAUGUGAAGCAGCUGCCAUGAGGAAAGUGGUAAAGGUGUAUCAGGAGUGGAUUCAGCAAGAAGACAAGCCUUUAUUUAUGAAAGAACCUGAAGAAAUAAUGCAGUGCACAACUGAAGAUUGUGAUGAAAAUGUUGUUGACCACAAUUCAUCAGAGAAAGCAAAAGAAAGAGAAGAGGAAAAAGGGAUGAACUCCAGUCAUGUUAGAAAUUCAAACUGGGCAAGAAAUGGCUGUUACGAAGACACUUUGCAUAAAAUAUCCGAAAUUGAUACUGAAGAGCAAAAUGUACGAGCAGGAGUGCAGUCAGUAUUGCAGGUUUUUAUAAUAAAUUCUUCAAAUAUAUUCUUUCUUGAACCUGCAAAUGAAAUUAAAGCUCUGCUGGAUGAACACACUGAUAUGUGCAAACGCAUUCUUAAUAUUUACCGUCACAUGGUAGUCCAAGUGACUAUGGACAAGAAAACAUGGGAACAGAUGCUACUUGUGCUGCUCAGGGUUACUGAAUCUGUGCUGAAAAUACCACCCCAAACUUUCUUGCAGUAUCAAGGAAGAAAAAACUCUACUUUAGCUGGAAGACUUGCAGGACCUCUUUUCCAGACUCUUAUAGUAGCUUGGAUCAAAGCGAAUCUAAAUGUGUACAUCUCUCGAGAACUUUGGGAUGACUUGCUGUCUGUAAUGUCAUCACUGACAUACUGGGAAGAGCUGGCCACUGAGUGGUCACUGACAAUGGAGACACUAACUAAAGUAUUAGCUAGAAACUUGUAUAGCCUGGACCUCAGUGACCUGCCAUUGGAUAAAUUAAGUGAGCAGAAGCAGAAAAAACACAAAGGCAAAGGAGUUGGGCAUGAAUUCCCAAAAUCUUCGGUUGAUAAAUCCUUUUCUAGAGGCUGGAGCCGUGAUCAGCCCGGACAAGCACCAAUGAGACAACGCAGUGCUACAACCACUGGCUCUCCAGGAACAGAAAAGGCAAGAAGCAUAGUACGGCAGAAAACAGUUGCCAUGAGAAGCCGAUCCAUUGGUGAAUGUGCUCUGCCAUCGGCCUAUAUACGCAGUGCUAAAAGUGCUCCUGUUCUGAUCCAUACUUCCAAACCCUUCUUGCCUGAUAUUGUUCUCACUCCCCUUUCUGAUGAGCUUUCAGACAUUGACGAUGCUCAAAUUCUUCCACGUCCACCUCGAGUCAGACAUUUUUCACAGAGUGAAGAUGCUCCAAGUGAAGUUUUUGGUGCAUUAAAUGAGGAACAGCCACUGCCACGAAGCAGCAGCACCUCUGACAUCCUGGAACCAUUCGCAGUUGAACGAGCCAAAGCUAAUAGAGAGGACAUGAGUCAAAAGCUGCACCCUAUUGAUAGUGAUAUUGGCAGUAGCAAUACAAAUGUUCCUGACCUCAUGGAUGAAUUUAUAGCUGAGAGACUCCGCAGUGGUAGUGCACUGAAUGUGACAAGAAGAGGAAGCAGUCCCGGCAGCCUGGAAGUUCCUAAAGACCUUCCUGAUAUAUUGAACAAACAGAACCAAAUGCGUCCUAUAGAUGACCCAGGCGUGCCUUCUGAAUGGACAUCGCCUGCCAGCGCGGGCAGCAGUGACCUCAUCAGUUCAGAUAGCCACUCUGACUCUUUCAGUGCCUUCCAGUAUGAUGGCCGCAAAUUUGAAAAUUUCAGCUUUGGCACUGAGGCAGGGACGCCAGCUUCCACUGAUGCUGAUGCAAUUUCAGGACAGCAACAGACUGCCGAGGAGCAAGAAGUGGCUAGUCUAACUACACUCCACAUAGAUUCGGAAACAAGCAGUCUCAAUCAGCAGCCAUUGUCUGCUGAAGCUGCAACUAUUACUGGCUCUGAAAGUGCUUCUCCAAUCCAAUCUGCUCUUGGAUCCCGAUCACAGACACCCUCUCCUGCCACUCUUCAUGCAGAUCAUAUUGAGCAGAAGGAUCUGCAGCUGGAUGAGAAGCUCCACCACUCUGUUUUACAGACGCCAGAUGACCUAGAAACUAGUGAAUUCCCCUCAGAAUGUUGCAGCGUGAUGGCUGGGGGAACGCUUACAGGAUGGCACGCAGAUGUUGCUACUGUGAUGUGGAGACGAAUGCUAGGAAUUUUGGGAGAUGUCAACAGCAUAAUGGAUCCAGAGAUUCAUGCCCAGGUUUUUGAUUACCUGUGUGAACUGUGGCAGAAUCUGGCCAAGAUAAGAGACAAUCUUGGUAUUUCAACAGAUAACCUAACUUCACCAUCUCCACCAGUUCUAAUUCCACCACUGAGAAUUCUAACACCAUGGCUGUUCAAGGCAACAAUGCUGACUGAUAAAUACAAACAAGGAAAGCUACAUGCUUAUAAGCUCAUUUGUAAGACAAUGAAGCGAAGACAAGAUGUUUCUCCAAACAGGGAUUUUUUAACUCAUUUCUACAAUAUAAUGCACUGUGGACUUCUUCAUGUUGAUCAAGAUAUUGUCAAUACAAUCAUCAAGCACUGCUCUCCUCAGUUCUUUUCACUUGGUUUGCCUGGUGCCACCAUGCUUAUUAUGGAUUUCAUUGUAGCAGCAGGAAGAGUGGCUGCUUCUUCUUUCCUCAAUGCACCAAGAGUGGAAGCACAAGUUCUUUUAGGAUCUCUAGUCUGUUUUCCCAAUUUGUAUCAUGAACUACCAGCUCUUCACCCAAACAUUCCUGACAUUGCUGUGUCUCAGUUUACGGAUGUUAAGGAACUUAUAAUUAAAACUGUGUUAAGCUCAGCAAGAGAGGAACCAUCUGGUCCUGCACGAUGCGUUGCUCUUUGCAGCCUUGGUAUUUGGAUCUGUGAGGAGCUAGUUCAUGAAUCACAUCAUCCUCAGAUCAAGGAAGCAUUGAAUGUGAUUUGUGUUUCUUUAAAG